GAAUCGUGGUGUGCAAACAAGCAUUUGUAACUAGGACGCCAUUUUGGAAUGGCAGGUGCAUACGAACUUCCAAUCAUUGUAUGACAUUUGACGAUUUAUGAGAGCCACAAGCGACUCGACAACACCCCAUCCACGCUGUAAAUCAAGGUUAGGUCCCUGCUAACACUGUUCAGAAGAACUGGUCAACAUGGCGACAAAUAUGCAACCAGAAAUUCAGCAACUACCACCGCAACAACAACAGCCAGGCGUGCCCAUGCAACAACUACCGCCGUCAGGAAUUGAAAUGCCGGCGGAGAACCCCGAUUGGAAGGCCGGCCAACACCACAAAGACGACGGUUACGACGACGGUGGAAGGACCAUGGAGGAAUACGACUCCGGUUGCAUCCCAGUGUUCAUUUCCUUCAUCAUCGCUCUCAUAUUUUUCCCCAUCGCGAUAUGCACUUGCAUCAAGAUAGUCCAGGAGUACGAGAGGGCGGUGAUCUUCCGACUGGGAAAAAUCAUAGGAGGCGGGGCCAAGGGGCCUGGCAUUGUCAUCGUUUGGCCGUGCAUUGACGAGUACAAGACCGUGGAUCUCCGCACGAAGGCCGUUAACGUGGCUCCACAGUCCAUCCUGACCAGGGACAGCGUGUCUGUGACCGUGGACGCGGUGGUCUACUACCGGGUGAGCGACGCGAUCCUCUCGGUGGCAAAGGUGGAGAACGUCGACCAGUCCACCAGCCUGCUCGCCCAGUCAGCCAUCCGGGACGCACUCGGCACCAAGACGCUCGCCGAGAUCCUAUCAACUCGGGACGAGACGGUCGCCAGGUUGCAGACUCAGCUAGAUGGCGCUACUGACCGCUGGGGAGUCAAGGUGGAACGGGUGGAGAUCAAGGAUGUCCGCCUCCCGCCGCAGCUGCAGCGAGCCAUGGCCGCAGAGGCCGAGGCCGGCCGCGAGGCCCGCGCUAAGGUCAUCAUCGCCGAGGGCGAGAUGAGAGCCGCGAAAGCACUCCAGCAGGCCUCGGAGGUCAUAUCGGACUCGGAGCAGGCGCUACAGCUCCGCUACCUUCAGACCAUGCACCAGGUAUCCAGCGAGAAGAACUCCACCAUUCUCUUCCCCCUGCCCAUUGAUAUGGGCUUGAUACACUACUCCACUGCUGCAAAGACUAAGCAGGCAUAGAACGCCACAAACAUUCGCAAUGUCGGACACAAGCGUUCACUUGUAUUAGGCCAUGUUGAUUUGAUUAUGUGGAUGACAUCCGCACGUACACGCAUCAAUUUUUGGCUGUUUC